AUGAAGAUUGCUGUGUUGGCCUCGUUGGUCAGCUUGGCCUUGGCUAAGGGUCACCAUGGCAAGCCGCCUGUGUCUCCGAAAUCCUUCCCCGAUGAUAUCAAGCUGAAGGAUCUGCUGCGGGGAUCUAAGGUGCUGGAGGACUUCGCCUAUUCCUACCCCGAGCGCAACCGUGUCUUCGGCGGUGCCGCGCAUCAGGACACCGUGGACUGGCUGUACAAGGAGUUGAAGAAGACGGGAUACUACGAUGUCUGGAAGCAGCCACAGGUACACCUGUGGACCAGGGCCGACCAGAGUCUGACUGUGGACGGCGAGUCCAUUGAGGCCCAAACCAUGACCUACAGCCCCAGCGUCGACGUCAGCGCCGACUUGGCCAUCGUCUCCAACCAGGGCUGCUCGCCCUCUGACUACCCCAGCGACGUCGCGGGCAAGAUCGCCCUGGUGCAGCGAGGAGAGUGCACCUUCGGCGAGAAGUCGGUCUAUGCCGCCGCCGCCGAUGCUGCUGCCACCAUCGUCUACAACAACGUCGCAGGCACCGUGGCCGGCACUCUGGGCGCCCCUACCAGCGAGCUGGGCCCCUACUCCGCCAUUGUUGGCGUCACCAAGGCCGAUGGCGAAACCCUGCUUGAUCUGGCCAAAGCCGGAGCCGUGACGGUCGACCUUGUGGUGGACAGCCAGCAGGAGAACCGCACGACGUACAAUGUUAUCGCGCAGACCAAGGGCGGCGAUCCCAACAAUGUCAUCUCUCUCGGAGGCCACACCGACUCUGUCGAAGCCGGUCCCGGUAUCAACGACGAUGGCUCCGGCAUCAUCAGCAACCUGGUCGUGGCCAAGGCGCUGACCAAAUACUCGACCAAGCACGCGGUGCGCUUCUUCUUCUGGACCGCCGAGGAAUUCGGCCUGCUGGGCAGCGAGUUCUACGUCAACAGCCUCAACGCCACCGAGCUGGCCAAGCUGCGUCUCUACCUGAAUUUCGACAUGAUCGCCUCCCCCAACUACGCCCUGCUCAUCUACGACGGCGACGGUUCCGCCUACAACCAGUCCGGUCCCGCCGGGUCCGCCCAGAUCGAGUACCUCUUCGAGGAUUACUACAAGUCCAAGGGUCUGGCCUACUUCCCCACCCAGUUUGACGGUCGCUCCGACUAUGAAGCGUUCAUCCUCAGCGGCAUCCCUGCCGGUGGCGUCUUCACUGGUGCCGAGGGCGUCAAGACCGAAGAGCAGGCCAAGCUGUACGGCGGCCAGGCGGGCAUCGCCUACGACGAGAACUACCACGCCAAGGGCGACAACUUCACGAACCUUAACCAAGAGGCUUUCCUGUUGAACUCCAAGGCCACCGCCUUCGCCGUGGCCACCUACGCCAACGACCUGUCCACCAUCCCUAAGCCCAACACGACCUUCUCCGUCUUCCAGCGUUCCUCCGAGCGGAAGCGUCGCAAUGCCAUCCGUCGCCAGAACCCUCGGGCUUUGUCGCACUCGCAUAAACACGGCACUGGAUGCUUCCAUUCUCUGGUGGAGGCGUAA